GAUUUCGUCGGUUGCGAUGUGGUUGCGAUUGGUGUUUGAUGGGUUUGAUAAUUGAUCCUAUCCUAUGCCGCAUCAUCGUUUGAUAAUUGGGUGCAUUGGGUGUUUGAAAGUUUUUCGUGCGGUUUAAUUCAUUAAAAGAUACAUACUGCCUGCUUUGCGCAACAGUUAUAGCCUGCAUAAGGCCUUGUUGGAGUUAACGCAUCAAAGGGCACCCAUAUUGAACUAUCUGAGGUUACCUACUGUGACUGGAGUCCAACCCUGACCCACCUUUGAAAGGUCUUGCUUUUAUUAAUAUUGAUAUUGGACUUUAUCAGCUUCAGUCUAGUUACUAGUAGGAAGCUUGGACUACCAGUUGCCAUGAUGCUGAUGCUGGAGCGCGUAUGGAACCUGAUCGCGUGGUACCUGCGUCCGCUCUUCAAAUGGCUGCUCCGCAAGACGACGCGCCUGUGCGAGAUGCAGCGUAUCUGCUAUGGCCAACCGGCCGGCGCACUGCGGGCCAUAGGCGUUGAGGAGUCCAUGAAGCAGUCGCGUACCAAGACAAUAAUCGACCUCAUGAGCUACUUGGACCAAAAGGCGAAUGAGAGACGAUUUCUGGGUCCGUCUCGGGCACAAGUGAUCGACUACUCCGUGUUCGCCAUACUGAAAGUGAAGGAUAUCAAACCAGAAAUACAUUCGCAGUUCGUUCGCUCCAUCUCCGUGUGUCUGGACCAGAUCUGGGGGUACAGGCAGCUGUCCGCUGAGCUGGAGCACCUCCGCCGCACGCCGUACGACGCCGCGCAGCCCGAACACGAGGCCAAGCUGCGCCAGCUCUGGAGCCUGCUCUGCCCGGUGACGGAGCUGACUGAGCGCAUCUCGCCACAAUGGAAGGACAUCGGCUUCCAGGGAGAUGACCCGAAGACCGACUUCCGUGGUAUGGGCGUGCUGGGACUGGACAAUCUGCUGUUCUUCAGCGAGCACUACACGUCGGUGGCGCGCCAUGUGCUGACGCACUCACACCACCCCACCUACGGCUACUCGUUCGCCAUCGUCGGCAUCAACCUGACGCACCUGGCGCUGCAGCUGGUCCGCUCCGGACAGGCGCGCUCGCACUUCUACAACGCCUGCGCGGGACAUGCCACCGUCACCGCCUUCCACCGGUUCUACUGCUACCUCUUCUUCAAGUUCGACGCCUUCUGGCUGGCGGCUAAGCCGCGCGAUAUUAUGGAGUUCGGCUCCAUUCGGGAUCAGUUCGCGGCGCAGAUGCGGCGCACGCUGGCCGAUCACAGCGCCAAGCUCGACGUUCGUCUGGCGGUGAAAAACUUGUGAGACGUGGUGAACGAGGUAACACACCCGCUGCCUUCCGGACUUUGCCACGGGGCGCGAAUAGUAUCCCAGGUAUGGAGACGAAGUGGGGGUGUAUCGGGGUGAUGUUUUUCCUUCUGGUGAUUUUGUGUAUUUAUCGCAGUGUCUGAAGCAGUAUUGAAGCCGUCCGGCGGGAAAGUGGUCAUCGUGGGUGGUGUGGCAUUACCACAGACAGCGGAUGGACUGCAGCCGAUAGCAGGGUUCCGGGGCAGAGACGGGGAAGUCGGGUCACGUGUCCACUUCCAGUGACGACAUCCGUUCCUUUCCGAGAGGCAGCAACGCCAAGGGACUCCCAGUGUCUCAUUCGGGGCGUCUUGUGACGCAAUGUGGCGGAUUUUGCGUGAGGAUGUCAUGUUUGUCUCUCUCGAGUGCAUUUAUCGUGUAGCUUAACUUUUUAACUUGCGAAAUGUCAUUCCGUAUUACAGGGGCCGGGUUUUUGCGACGAUUACUUCUUACAAUCUCACCCAAUCUGUACCAGAUUUACGAAUAGGUAUAUUUCAGCUUACGCAUAUACUUCUUUACGUGUUAAACUCAAUAUUUAAAUAAGAUCAAUACCACUAUCAGUGUAAAGACUGUUAGGUCACGGUAGGCCUUUCCUCGAUUAUUUAAUUGAUUAUGGGGCUUUAGAUGUUAGGAAGCAUUCGAUUGCAUUCUCGGAAGCAUAAGAGCUCCUUAAAGUUUCAGAUCAUCAUUUUCCCCUUAGACUUGCCUUGAGAAUCGCCUCCAUUUCAGCUGGCUGAUGUGUGUUUGAGUGUCAUUGAAAGCGACUUUGUGAGCCAGUGAUCCCGUCAUUCUGGCUAGCCAUGAAUUCGAUUGAGCUCUGUAAUAGUGUUCGUUCGUAGCCAUUUCUCACGCUUGCUAAGCGUAUUGGUUCCAAUGUGUCAUACUGAAGCGAUGCUCGAUCUGUCUGCGGAACUAGCUCACCAGUGCUGAAGUGGAUGGAGAUGAAGGAUUGGUGGGUAAUGAUCUAGUCACCAGUGGCAUGUGUGAAGCUCUGCGCGGUUUAGACCGCUGUGAUAUCCACUGUUCUUCACAUAUCAUCGGCGACACCAUUUGUCUUAUUGUGUUGUCACGUCCUCUGCGACGUGGUUCAGUUAUGUUCAGGGUGAUUGCUUUUUUACGCUGUGGGUAUGCAGAUCCAUGUCAGUGACCGCAUUACCAUGUCAUUUGUAUUCCAGUCCGGCGUGGUGAAAUGCACGUGCGUGUAGAAGUCCGUGCUGUGUGGCGUAGAUAAUGUAAAGGUCACCUCUGAAGGAGGACAGGCGCGACUGCGCCGUUCCCGGUGACGGUCGAGCGAUGUACGCAGAAACGGGAGUCGUCAACCAUCGACAGGUUUCCAUGAAGUUAUCUGGGGAUGCACGUCGUAUCCCUAUCGUUUCCAAUAACAUAGAUAGGAGUGCGACAAAAGUGACAGUGGCUUCGAUAAACGGUGUUUGGCGGUGUCAUGCGGAUGAGCCCCCCAUAUGUCGAGCACAUGUGUUCAAAUCAUGGCAAAUGACGCGUCGGAUGCCGACUGCCGAGGUAUCGUGAUGUACGAUCAGCCUUGUAUGACUAUAUACCGUCAUUUCCUGUGGUCAUGGCCCUGUU